CAGUGCUGGGGCUUCGGCCGGGAUAACGCCCGGUGCUGAUGGCUAACAGGAUUGGCACCGGGCUAACCCGGCCGGCUCUGCCGGAGGUACAAAUAGGCGCGGGCCGCACGGCGGGGGCCAGUGUCCAGGAUGGAGCUCCUAGCCGACGACUAUCGGAACUCCAGCGUGGGGCAACCCAUGGCCAGGGUGGCGCCACUGAUGCUGGGCUGGAAUGUUCCGGCGGAGGAGUUGGUGCACAUCCCGGAACACUGGCUGUCCUUCCCGGAGCCCGACCCCUUCUACCACUACGCCCUGGGCCUGCUGUACCUCGUGCUGGCCUUCUUCGCGCUGCUCGGCAACGGCCUGGUCAUGUGGAUCUUCAGCUCGGCCAAGUCGCUGCAGACGCCCUCCAACAUGUUCGUGGUGAACCUGGCGCUCUGCGACUUCCUGAUGCUGCUCAAGACGCCCAUCUUCAUCUACAACUCCUUCAACAGGGGCUUUGCGUCGGGCUUCCUCGGCUGCCAAAUCUUUGCGGUCCUGGGCACUCUGUCGGGCAUCGGCGCAGGGGCCACCAAUGCCUUCAUCGCCUACGACCGAUACAGGGUGAUUGCCAAGCCCUUCGGAGGCAAGAUCACUCGAGGGAAAGCCUUGCUCAUGCUGCUCCUGAUAUGGGCGUACACCAUCCCGUGGGCCGUGAUGCCUCUCACAGAGUUCUGGGGCCGCUUUGUGCCGGAGGGCUUCCUGACCAGCUGCACCUUCGACUACCUGAGGGACACGAGCGAGAACCGCAGCUUCGUCGCCUCCAUGUUCUUCUUCUCCUACUGCUUCCCGCUGAGCUUCAUCAUGUACUGCUACUCGCAGAUCGUCAGCCAUGUGGUCAACCACGAGAAGGCGCUGCGGGAGCAGGCCAAGAAGAUGAACGUGGACACGCUGCGGAGUAACCAGGCCCAGAACCAGACGUCCGCGGAGAUCCGCAUCGCCAAGGCUGCCAUAGGCAUAUGCUUCCUGUACGUGGCCUCGUGGACGCCAUAUGCCGUCCUGGCUCUGAUCGGAUCGUUCGGCAACAAGGCGCUGCUCACUCCGGGAGUGACCAUGAUUCCUGCCUGCGCCUGCAAGCUGGUCGCCUGCGUCGACCCCUACGUGUACGCCAUCAGUCAUCCUCGCUACAGGCUGGAGCUGCAGAAACGCCUGCCGUGGCUGGCGAUCAAGGAGGACCAGCCGGCCAGCGAGACUGCCUCCAUGACCACGACCAACACCGCGGCCACGAGCUGAGCCCCCUCCCUCCCCGCCGCAGUCACCCCGCUCUGCACCACGGACUACUCUCUGGGACGUCGUGGCGACCGGGCCUGUCACCCACCAACAGGAGGCACUGCAGUUCCAAGCUUCGCUACAUCUUCAAUUUAUACUACAUAAUCCUUACCUCGAUUGUCUUGGGUCAUAUAUUUAUUCACAAAAAAUGGUAAUAAGGAAAUGCUUUUAAAGUGAGCACCCUUGUUCUAAUUUACACAUUGGUUGUAUUUAUUAUGAACUGUUCCACUUAACACUGUUAAGUCUUUUCCUGCUCUAUCAGAACAAUUUGUUUAGGCUUUUUCUUAGCAAUAUUACACCAUCACUUUAUUAUGUCAAUUUCAUAGUGAUAAAUACAAAUAUAUUUAUCAUUAUGUAUAGGUCAAGACAAGCCAUGCCUCUCCUGAUGUAUUCUCCUCUCUAUACUUGCUGAACGAUGUGAGCAGGUGAUGUGUUCUGGGAUAUUGGUGUUUCCAAUUGGUGGUUGCUCUGGCUAUGGUCUUGCCACAGAGCUUUAUUUGUGUUAACUUGAAUUUAGCUAUGAACGUUUAUUUUAUUCUUUAGUUUUCUAAUCAGUUGGCAUGAAUAAAUUGUUUCAAAGUUAAAA